AUGGGCGGCAUCGUCUCGCCCACGCCGCGCGAGCGCACCGGCAGCUGGCUGCAGUUCGGCCCCGUGCGCGCCGUGUUCCUCACGCUCGUGUACGGCAAUGCGCUCCUCGUGCGCCUGCCGUACCUGGCGCUCAAGUUCAGCGUGCCUGCGCUGCGCCCCGUCAAGGGCUGGUCGUGGUCGCGCUCGCUCAUCCUCGGCAUGCUCUCCUCGCUCUCUGUGCGCCGCUUCGCCAGCGCGCACUCGGACCGCGUCGAUGCCAAGAUCCUGCCCAAGCUCGGCGGCGACGGCACGCCGGUGCGCAUUCCGCGCCUGCCGCAGCCGCUAACGGGCACCAUGGGCGAGCUGGCGCAGCGCGCCGGUGUUGAGAGCGUCGACGUGCAUGCGUGGUGGUACGGCGAGAGCCACGAGGGCGACCACAAGGCGGCGCAGGAUGAGAAGGUCGUCCUCUUCUUCCACGGCGGCGGCUACAUGGAGUUCUGCGCCGCGCCCGCCUGCCCCAUCAGCGGCAUCCCGCGCAAGUACCUCGCCGCCGCGCGCGGCAAGCCGGGCAUCCCGCACAAGGUCCUCUCGCUUGAGUACCGCCAGUCGUUCGAGUGCGACUUCCCCGGCUUCGUGCAGGAUGCUGUGGCGGCGUGGCGCUAUCUGGUGGAGGACUGCGGCUACAAGCCGGAGAACAUCGUCAUCUCGGGCGACUCCGCUGGCGGCAAUCUGACGCUCGCACUUGCACGCUACCUGCGCGACGAGAAGCCCUUUGGUGGCGCCUCUGCCAAGGGCCUGAUCCUGCACUCGCCGUGGAUGAGCCUGUCGGGCUCCUACGCGCGCGCCGGCCCCGAGGGCUCGUUUGCGCAGAACAAGCACGUCGACAUGCUCAACGCCGCGCUGCUGCAGCGCGCCGCCGAGGCAACGGUGCGCAACCUCUCGCUCAAGGAGCUCUCGUCGCACUACUGGUCCGCCGUCGACCUCGAGCGCGAGGAGAAGGCCGACCUCAAGGACUUCCCGCCGGCGCUCGUGCUCGGCGGCGCCUUCGACCUGCUGCGCGACGAGGGGCGCGACCUCGUCAAGCUGUACGAGGCGCCCGUCACGUACUACGAGGAGCCGCUGGCGAUGCACGACUGCUGCGCCGUGCCCAUCGGCUUUGAGGAGGAGCACGCGCGCGUCGCCAAGCGCACCGUCGAGUGGCUCACGCAGCUCUGGGCCUGA